AUGUUUGGAGCCACUUCCAGCACAUGCCUGAAUAUGUUUUUACAACCAAGAAAUGGAAUUUUUCAGAUGCCUGACCCAGCUGGAUGGGUGCAGGGUGAGUGGUCAUACCAUAGCAACCUGAUUUUGAAUAAAUUGAGUGUUUGUUUGUUUUGUUUUGCUUUUUUUCUCUCACUGUUAAAAUCAUUUUAAAGACUAUAGUAAGUAUAGGUUAACGCAGUUGCCAUGGGCCAGUAUUAGUUUAUGAACAAAUUUUAAUAAUUAAGCUUACAUAACGUAGCCUCAUAACUAUACAAAAUAGUAGUAGUAACCCAUCAAGCCAGAAAAAUUUGGAUGUAUAACCAUAUGACCAUACAAGGUGCUAAUUUUAACAUGCGUGGUCAACCGUACUGCAGGCAUGCCAAUGCCACAGCUUUGUUCAGUAGUCCAGUGGUCAGAGCACUGGGCUCCAAGUCAGACAACCCAGGUUCUAGUCCUGGCCGGGGCAAGGCGUUGUGCCCUUGAGACAUGCAGGAAAAAAAAAAAUGUGAGCUCUGCUUUUAGGCUUGGCUAAAUCUAUAUAUUAUUGGUUAUAUGGAAUUCAACAUACAGUUUAAACGACUAGGAGCAAAUAAAUGUAUGGUCAGUAGCAUUUUGAGGCAUUUGGUUUGUGUCUCAGCCAGUAUUUGUUGUGUUCCGCAGAGUUUGCAACAGUACUGCUGUGGAUGUUAGGACCUUGGGACCAUCCUCAUCCAGCAGUAUACCUUAUCAGUGCAUGCAUUGUUCCACCAUGUGCCCGUGUUGUGUUUGCUGUUCUAUAGCAUGGGAUUAUUGUCCUUGAGGAUGGUGUUUCUUGGUGUUUCCUCCCCUCAAACCUAACUGCUGGGUUUCUUUUGGCACUUGGGUAGGCCUGCAGUUGGGUUUUCUAGCUCCUUGAAGUGUGACUGUAGUUGCAGCUCCUGGGCCUCCAGUAGCCUCCAUUUGUGAUUUUGUGUGAACUUGAUAUUAAGUUAUUUAUUUGGAAUAUUUAGACAGGCUGGCUCAGUUUGGCUUUUAAAAGCAGGUUUAAAAGUGGGCCUCUAUAAAUGAUAACAAUGAUCACACUGGGAGCCACAUUCGUUAUUCUUUGUUGAAGUCUGUGAGUUGUUUUUCUAAUUAACUCUCAAGAUCUGAUUAUUAAUUAAUUCUCCCACUAGCUGCCAUACAUUUGCAUAUUCAUCAGUUAUGAGAACUUUUUUAUUAGAUCAAGAAAACAUUCUCUACCUGAUUAGUUUGAGUAUUCUCAUUGCCUGUUUGCUGGAUAAUCUAAGGGUAUUAUAGGGAGAAGUUACCUUCUAAUCAUUUCUGGGAGUUAAAGGGUUAAUGUCCCCUGCUUAUAACCAGCACAGAGAAGAUGAAGGAGAGUAUGGGGCCUAUGGUUUAUCAUCCUUAACCAAGAAGACUUAUAGAACAUCUAACCAUUUGCAGAUGUUGUAUCAAAGGUAGCACAUCCUCCUCAGUUAUUUUAAGACCCUGAGUGUUGUUGUGGUCUGGGACUUGAACCCUCAACUACCAACACAGUCAUACCACCUUCAUGAUGUAAAAAGAAAUGACAAGGGUACAUCCAAACCACUUGCUAGAUACUUUAAUCUCUCUAAUCAUUCUGGGCAGCAUAUGGCACUUUGCAGCCUUUCCCUACAUCUAGGCAGUUCGGAGGGCCGCAAAACUCCAGAACAAAAAUUAUCUUUCAAAUAAGCACUCUAAAGCCCCGCAGUAUCAACGAACGAUUUUCAAUUAACUAAUUUAUUCUUGUUUUCUUGUCACCAUAUUCCCACCAAUAGCAUAGCUCCAUUUUCUGCAUAUAAAUAUAUACACACACAACUCACAAUUCCUCCAGUUGCUCUGAUGAAAGGCUAUUGCACUUGAAAUGUCAGCUUUUAAACUCUAUACAGUGGCCAAUUUACAUUAUCAACUCAGUCAUAAAUACUAAAUUACCCUGUUAUACUCUCCCACUGAGCAGCACCACAGUUUCUUUAGAAACUUACCCCUUUACCUGAACAGCAGUCCAGCACUCAACAUGAGCAAGCAGAAAAAUAUUUCCUCUGUUUUAAUUAGUUUUUCAGAAUAUUGUCACUGUUCUUGUGUACGGGAUCCUGUUCUACCCAUUUUUGCCUGUCUGACAACUGACAAUAGACUGGUUGGGUCCUUGCUGGGUUUUUUUUUAUGUUACAAUCAGGUGAGCUAGCUAUUACUUUUUGUUUAUGAAUACCAAUUUAAUCAGACUGUGAGUUUGAUUUUUAAUAUGCAAAUACAGUUCUCAGAACUCUACAGUUGUCAAUACUUAAUUCAAAUAUUACUCUAAUGUGGAAUUUUACUCUUGGCUUUGAAAUAAGUGAUGUUUUUGUUAAUUUUGGAGCAUGUUUUGUACACAUGUACUAGUAAAUAGGGAACACAGUACAGCAUGGCUCACAAGUGAAACAAUAGACUAAUUUGGUUCUCUCAGCUUAAUUAACCCUAUCAGCCCAAAGGGUAGUCAACAUGUAAGUUCUCCUUCCAGUAAUAUUGCUGACUCAUUCAUUAAGAACAUGAGAAUAAAAAAAAAAAAGAUUCCCAACUCAAGAUGCUCUGAUUACAACAUGAAUUCUUCUUAUCAGUACCAGAGGAAAUUUAUAGUGAAGAGUCUAGAGAAUAUGUAUAUUGAUGUUAACCCUUUAACUCCCGUGAGUGACCAAGACAGAAUUUCUCCUCACAACAUCAAUACAAUAUCAAGCAGACAACUGAUGAACAUAACUGCACUUAUGCGGAAUCUGCAGCAUGAAUUAACAACUCCACGCCUUUACAAACACGAUCUUUAAUACGACUGACGUUGGUUGAAACUAAAGAAAAUAACAAACUAACUGACAAGGAAAGCAAACCAGCGUAUUCUAAUUAAUUUCUUAGAUUCUUCUUCAAACUGGGAAUAGAGUUUCAGUGUAUGAAGUACUUGAAGGUAAGGAUAUGAAGGAAUCAAGUGAAAUUGUACGUUUUUAAUACUCGGCUUUUUUUGUUUUUGUUUUGAUAUUUCUUAAAGUGAUAUUUAACAAAUCAAACACAAUUCUCCUUGGUCUGCAGUCUUAUUGGUCAUAGAAAUGAUGCCAACAAUAUUCAAAACUAAAGUGAAUCCACAAGUGGUGGUCAAGUGGUUUCACCACAAGUAGUAUUUCUUCUAGAGUAUAAAGGGGGUGGAGGGGGAGUUUGCAUAGAGUAUAAACAAGGGACUGUAGAAAAUUGAUUGCCAAUAGCAGCCAAUGAGUGUAUAUGUGUGUGUGUGUGGGGGGUGUGAUGGGAUGGGGGAGGGGGGUCAUAAGGAUAUUAAAGAGUCUCAUGGGGUGAUCAAUUCAAUUUAUUAUAUUAAAGAACCAAAAUCCUCCUAACCCACCCCCCCCCCCUCCAGGUGAUGAAUAAUGACCACCUCCCAUUUAGCUAUUUAUUCAUAUAUAUUCUUUUAUUCUAUUUUAUUUAUUUAUUUAUUUAUUCAUUUUUAAUUACUUUUUUUUUUUCACUAAGGGAGAGUACCAGAAGGAAUUAUUUUACCUGACAUAUUUGGGGUUAGUUCCAAUCACCCUUUGCCUUGCAUUCAUUUGGAUGAGGUUCGGUAUCCUGCUGUAUCGUGAAGUGAGAAAGAAGUGGUUCCCAUCUGAGAGAAGGGUAAGUCACUGGUGAGGAACACGGCACACAGCAGUUUAACAUCAGGCAUGCGCGAGGUGAUCAAUUCUGGCUAGCCGUGCGCCAAUUUCCGCCUUAAAGGAUAACAUAAGAAAACAACCGCUCUUUUCGCAAAAUAGGCGAAAUAAAAUUGUAACGCUCCUAGAUGUCUUUAAAAGGAAGCAAGGUACCUAACGAUAAUGUAUAUCGUUGAGUUGGAUCGAUAUAUCGCCAAGGCAAAACUUUUUGAAUGGUUCAAUACUAUUUCGCAAUUGUCUUAACAACAGCUUCUACCUCUCAGAGCCAUAUGACAAGUCCAAGUAAAAAACAACCAAACUUCCUGAAACGCGGGAAAACGCGGGUGACAAAGUUCUGAUUGGUUUUUAGCUUUGAAUCUGAUUGGUUAAGAGAGGGGUGCGAGUUUUUCUGGACCAAUCACAGAGCGAAGUAAAGCAUAAACGAAGCGAUAAUUGUUACUUUCGACAUUUAAAAAACAAGCGUUUGUAUGGCACGAUAUUUCGUCGAUGAGUCGCGAUUUUCGCGGUAAUCGUCUCACAGUUUUGUACGCUGGCUAUGAAAAGCUGUCCAAGGAUGGAGACUGGGGAGGAGUUACCGCUUGCUCCCCCUACCCUCAGAUAGGGGUAACUGUUGUUAGUGUUUGUUUGGAAGCUUUUACUGCUGACAAAAUAACAUUAACUUUUCUUCUUUUCUUUUCCAGGGUGGCGAGGAAAUCCGCGAUACACGUUUGGCCAGAGAAACGGAGAUCGCUCACAUGAGGGAACUCCUGUAUCCAGGAUCAAUUUCGUAAGCGGUUAAAAUUGAUAAUCUAUCAGGGUUGGAUAACAAACUCUGACAAUAUCCUACAUAUGAAUUUUAUUCAGAUAAACUGUUGUAAAAUGGGUUUUUCCCACAGUAAGAUUAUUCGCAUGAGAUCUCUAUCGCCUGACAGCUUAUGAGGGAAAAGCCUGAAUCGAAAAUCAAGCACAGACUUCUCAGGAAAAUAACAGUAUUCUCUCAGCAGAAAUCAACCGGGCAUUAAAAACUUAACCGCAAGACGUGGCCCUUUAUUUUAUAAUCUGUACAUAGGCUAUUCACGUUACGCACUGUAUAUCACUAAUUAGUAUUGAAUAUCAAUCUCGGAUUGAGCUUUUUAAAAUUGAAACUAUGAAAUGAGAGUUGACCAAAUAUGUCGCUGUUGACGAGUUGACUAAUAGUGUUGGCGAGCUGACAUGUCGGAGAAGUGACCGGGUACAGAAUGCAUCUAUCAUCGUUGUGAUAGAGAGUUAGUUUUUUUAAGGGAUUAGCCUGAUACCAUACGGUUGUAAACAAAGAGGAAAAAACACCAGCCUGUCUUGUUGCUAAGUUUUCAACUAGUUGUUGGUUUAUUCUAAACCAAUAAGAUUUCUCGCCUGUGAUUUUCUCUGCGUUGAUAGAUUCAGACAUCGCACUCAUAACUGCUACGCGUUGUGUAAUAACUAAGAUGGUGACCGGUCAAGUCGCCCAAAAGUCAUCUCGCCCGGAGUCGUGUCACCCGGAACCAGAGUCAUGUUGCCUGAAAUUCAUAGUCAUGUCGCCCGAAAUUUUAUCGAGUGUUUAAUCUUGAAGAAAAGUAACAAUGGCAAGGAAUAAACUCGUCAAAUGCUGACUCGUAAAAUGUUUUCGUCCGCUAACCUGUGCAAAUAUGAAGUUAAAUAAAGGCUCAAAUAUCGCUGUUCUUUUCAGCGUUAAUCGUUGAUAUGAACUAAACUGCUCAUUCAACAGUGCAGAUUGAAGAAAAGUAACAAUCGCCUAAAGUCAUGUCGCCCGGAACAAGAGUCAUGUUGCCCGAAAUUCAUAGUCAUGUCGCCCGAAAUCCUGAGUCAUGUCGCCCUAAAUUUUAUCCAGUGUUUAAUCUUGAAGAAGAGUAACAAUGGUAAGGAAUAAACUCAUAAAAUGUUUUCGUCCGCUAACCUAUGGGAAUAUGAAGUAAAACAAAGACUCAAAUAUCGCUGUUCAUUUCAGCGUUGUUCGUUGCUACGAACUAAACUGCUCAUUCUACGGUACAAAUUCUAUAAGCGGAACUUUCAGUUAUCAGAAUUUUCCACACAUAUCAGAAAAAUACAUCAUUUCUCUUAGUUUUAUUUAUCGUAUAAAAACAACCUGGAACUUUUUUACAGCGGUUUUUUUGUUUAUUGCUAACCACACGAACAAAGCUUGUUAGCAUCAUUUCCCUUAGGAUCAGACGCGGCAUAAAUUAUCGCGACUUGUUCAGUUGUUCCUUGUUUCCUCGGCCGGUCGCAUGUAAAUUUUGUUCCGGCUAACUAUAUAUAAAGAGGUUAAAUUAAUAACAGCCACCUUAUUCCGAGAUAAUCAGCAAGCUGAAACACGAGAUCGUUACCCGUAGGCAAAAAAUUAUAUAGUGAGCCUUCAUCCUUGUAUCGAGUGCGGAAAUGAAGUUCGACCACGCCAGCAAGCCCUUCAGUGCGACAUUGCGGCUUUUGGCAGCAUCGUAUCUGCGGGACUGGUAUCAACCAAGCCACCUACCGUUUGGCAACAAUCAGAGGAAGAAUAGAUUGGUUGUGCGUUGCAUGUUCUCUUGCGGCAUCGAACCCAAGUGACCAGGUCCCCGCUGCUGAGAGCACAAGAACCGACUUCGCCCAAGGUACGGAAAUUUUAAGACCACUGUUUGUCCCUGAAAUAAUUUUAUUCUUAACCAAGAACUUAACCUUUCUAGCCCAAGUUUUAUCUUGAACGUUUUUAUCCUUAAAUGAGUUUACGAUAAAAAUGCGGUUUUAUUUUUGCUUUGCAGAUCUUUCUCCAGAGUAUCCGCCUUUCUACCUACUGAUUCAGCUGCUCCACCGAGAGUCCUCUGCGUGCACCGUCCAAGUUCGACUCGUCAACGCCAGAAAACUUUAGCUCGCGUUUAGGAAAAUAAUGAUAUAAUUAUUAUUAUUAUUAUUAUUAUUAUUAUUAUUCUAGUUUAAAAGGAAUAGUUUAUUUUAUCACGAUAAAAAAAAUCAGAUAUUUAAUGUUUUUUUUUUUUUUUUAGUUUUUUUUUUUUUAUGACGAACUUACCUUAAGUUGGCAUUUGAAUUUGUUUUCAAGGGGUGGGUGUCACUUGGUCAACCCACACGUCCUCGCGUGUAAUUAGGUUUAAAUGCAAGCAAUAAAUAUGUUUGUAUUAAUGCGUGUCUGAAUUUACCGCAACAUCACAAUCUGCUUUGUUCUAAGUUAUACUACCAAUAGACCCCAAUUUUUAUUGGUUUACCAGCGUGAAAACCCACUUGGGAUGUUAAAAGAACGCAGGAGAAAUUUGUUAAUAAGGAGCCUGGGGCGAGUGAUUUACAAACUUUUGUCGUGUUCUCCCAACAACUCAAGUAGGUUACUAUGCCGGUACACCGAUAGAAAGUUCGGUCUGUUGCUCAAAUAAAAAUCUUGCACUCUUAUUGUUAAUUAGUGAAGGAUUAGCAAAGCCAAUCAGACUGCAGAACUUUUGACUAAACGCUUUUAGAUUUAUACUUGAAUCUUUCAAUUCGCUCAUUAUUCCUUAUGAUUGGUCUGGAAAGCGCUCCAAUCAGUCUUGAUUCCUUUGGCCUACGUGUAAGGUUGUCAUGUUCGGUUGAAAAGAACGUGUACGUAAAGAAAAGAGCUGCCAUUGAUCACCAACGAUAACAUAAACGUGGGAUUGAUGCCUACAUGAGUUAUGAAUAUAUAAAGUGACAUAUUUCUUUCGUUUUUGCCGAAGCUUAUUCAGAUGAUAAUGAUUUUCUAAUUACUCGGGAUCGGUGGUAUAAUUUCUUUUUGUGUUGCUUCAAACAGGGGAAAUAUGGUUGGAUUAAACUGGUUUUCAACGCUGCUUCGUUGUUUCUACAAACCAAGGAAAGGUAAAAAUGUUUUGUUCGCGCCAUGUCUGAGCCACGAACAGGAACCAUUUGAAUAAGGAGAUGAUUUAAAUGACACCCAGUCGUUUGUUGUUAAAAUUUGUUUUUUAACUUCAUCUGAAUUUCAUUUUUAGAUUUCAAAUUUUCGACGCAAUUCAUUUCAACAACUUUGGUUAGCGCUUUAAUGAUCCUUCAGGUGAGUUGGAUAAUUUGUAUCGAUUUAACUAUUGUAUAUUUGCUUUCGCUUUUGGUAAUACUGUGAUGGCAGAAUGAUUGAUUGACUGACUGACUGUGCGACUUGCUUACGGAGUGAAUUACACUAUCUCCAUGGUCAUCGUCACCGUGGUCAUAGUUUACCACGCUCAUUACUGUUUUUGUGUUGGAUUUCUUUUCUCAUACAUAUCUACGUACAUAAAUGCAUUUUAUUUCUUACCGUCGAGACAGAUUAUAAGUUUCCAGCCCACAGGUAGCUCGAGUGCUAUUCUCUCCAAUUCUGGGAAAAGAGUGCCAGCGGUCGAGUUGAAAAUCAAGAGCUUUGUUUAUAAAAUUUCUUAGGGGCAGAAGAUCGGGUGUGAUAAGAACGGAUCUCAUAAAUAUCGUGGAAGAGUUUUUGAAUGCUACAAAGUGCAAAUCUAUGUCUGAAGUCAAACAUCAAAUUAGCUGUAGGUUCACAGCAGGAGAAUUUUAAUGGUAAAACAACAGCAUUAGUAUAUAGAGGAAUUACAUGCCGGUACUUUCUUCUAAAGUGUUACGCUCUACUCAGGUUUUCAUGGCAGUUCUUUCCCUAAUGGACGUGAUGAGAAGGGUAUAUAUUGAAAAAUACAAAACUCAUGGGGACACCAGCUCGGCUAAUUUUGUAGACGUCCUCUUUGGUAAGUUUUUGUGUCUGUAAUCAAGAAAAUAGCUUGUUCCAGGUGUUCAGUUAGAAAACCAUGUGUGGAAGUAAAAUUCCAAGCAUGAUGCUAUCGACGGAGCGAAUGACAGAACGUUUGGGUCGAGUCGAAAAAAACUGAACAAGGGAUUGGUAGUAGGGAACACGACCUGGCUCAAACCUCCUGGCUGAUUGCUACUCGACCCAAAUCUCCCUCGAGUUUUCUACCCAAAUCUCCUGUGGCGUUGCAGUUGUGCCUUCCGUUGUAGCUAUGUCCUCACACCUAAUAACCAACAGAGCGUGGUUUUUUUUUUCCAAUCAAAUUGCGUUGUGAUCGUGUUUUCUGCGAGUCACUUCCCAACUAGGGGAGAGAAGCGAUGCAAAAGUGUGACAAGAUCGUAAAGAUUUCCUUGCUCGAAGUUUGACAAUUUCAAAAGGUGUAAAUUCUUUAAAAUUGAUCCUUAAAGUGGAAUAAAUCCUAUGGACUUACCGUAGCCAUCUUUACACCGAUUUUCCAUUUGAUCAGUGGAUUCUAGAAUAACGGGGUAAAUUCUGGGAAAUUCAUCCUUUAAGAGGACUACAUCCUACUGACUUGCCUACAUCACGAUCUUUACCCCGAUUUUCGAUUUGAUCCUUGUGUGAAUUUGUCAUAAACGGGGUAAAUUAUGACAAAUCCACCCACAAGUGCGAUACACCCUUCAAUGAUUUAGAAACUGUACUAAAAAAAAGAUGUGUUUAGGUGAUGGGAUCGGGAAAACGAGCAUGGCUCAGGGGAUAGUGUAUAUUCGUGAACGGCUACCAUACUGGCUUUCAUGUGAUGUACGUGCUCACAAGUUUCAGAGGAAUUUGGUUUUCAAAGAUCAUUGUCUUUUAGAUCUCUGAGCUUGAAGCGCGCUGCGGAAUAACUACAAAGCGCUCUCGAUCUGUGACAGUAUAAAAUAUGCAGCUAGCUGUAACAGCUGAAAUCAGCGGAACCGCAAUAAAAUCACAAUAUACUAAUUCAACUUUUUUUAAUAGAGGGCUCAGUGCGAUACAGCAAAAACCCACAGUAUUCCAAAUUAAUAACUGAAGGUCAAACUUCUGUGUUUGAAGGAAGACUUCGUGACGCAGACAAAUAAUCCCAACUUUGACCUCUCAGUCGAUCUCACCUCCGACAGAUCAGGGUGAAGCGUCAAAAAAGAUAUAAUUUUGCGUCGACGAAUCAUAAUCUAUGAUCUUCAACGGUUAAAAAAAAAAUAAAUUAACUAUGAUAUGACACCACAUUGAGCUUUUGUCUUAGCUUGUGGGUAAAAUGUUGUCAUCACAGGAGUCGCAAGUCGAGCAAUGAAGACUGUAAAUAAAGCAAGACUGCAAAUUAAGCGUGAGCAAUAACGUAUCCCUUGGUCGAAAAUCGCUUUGUUAUUUACGGAUGUUGUUUGUGGAUGACAAGUUUUCCUGAAAUCAGCAGGAGGUUGUUCAUCCGUUGUUACUGGAAAACACUGGUCAAAUUUUCCGCUUAUCCCGACCCAUCCCGACCCCCUUGAAUGUGUACUUUUGCUUAAAGAUAAAACUACAACGGAGUCUCUUAACCAGUCCCAAGCUGCGUGUUGCUCGAUAGAUCACAAAAUAUGAUUGGCCACUGUAUCACAUUACGUCAGAGGACAUAUCUACAAUAAGGGGGCAUAACUAUUACAAACGACAGAUGAGUAAAUAGACUUGGUUGGAUGGUAAAUUUUUAUGGUGAUUUUUUUUUUCUUUUUUUCAAUUUUCUUUGCAGGCGGGAUAGAAGCAGGACUUGUCUUGUCUGCGGUCAUUUCUCUUUUGAUGUUGCUUCACUUCAUGAAAUGCCAUCGGUGAGUUUUCACCUUAAUUUGGAAACGCUGAAGCUUUUCCUGAGUCAGUCAUCGUGUUCUCAAUUUUUUAUUGAGGAAGACUUUUCGCUUUUACAGCUUCCUCCACAUGUAGGUCGAUACAAAUUAAGUGUCAGGGGAAAGGUGAUGAAAUUUUAUAUAUAUAUAUUUUUUUUUUUUUUUUCAAUUUAAUAUCCUUACACGCAUUUCUGCUUGAUGGUCCUUUUCGUUUUUUCUUCGUUAUUGUUUUUUAUUAUUUUUUUACUCUUUUUUAUACUGUUCAAAAAAUAAAGUAUUCCGUGGCAAUUAUGCUCCCUUGCAAAAUAGAGUUGUUGUUGUAAACGAUUUCGAAUCCAAGGCGCUCACGUCCAACGUUUAAAUCUUUUUUUUCAGAGAACACGUGCUUCAGUUGUAUCAAGGGCAAGCAAUAUAUUCAAAGGACCUGCUCUUGACACCUGCAGCUUCAGUGGUACGUACUGUGGUUAAGUGACGGAUGAUAGGAAGUUUAAGAAACGACGACAGCGGUUGGUUAAAAAAUGAACUUAUAUUUGACCUACGAAUCUCGCGAUACUCUAAAGUCAUGUACUUUCUUCCUCGCUUUCAAAAUAUCUCAAAACUGAAUAUGGAACACAGCGUUAAAUUAGAAAUGGAAGUUUUAAAAGAAAUAGCUGUUGCCGUUCACGCUCAACAGACAACGCAAAGUUGGGUCAUUUCACGUUGUUGUUUUGCAGAUUUACACAAAGAAAUUUACAAAGAUUUUUUUUACCCUCGUGCACAGCCGUUGUUCUGCUUAUCUAACGUUUUGUUUCGUUUCGUUCCCGUUCCCGCUUUGAUUUUCUUAAACUGCUUGACUAGUCGUUGUAGUCAGGAUGGAUCCUGGAACAACAAAUCCAUUUUCUAGUCUUCUUGUUGCUUUUCAAAUAAACAUCAAACCCUGUUCCUUACAUUUUGCUGUUUCUCGAAGAAGAAAAAAAGAAAAAAGAAGAAAAUGAGCCCUGUCCCUAACAAGCGCCCUGUUUCGAUUAAGCACCCUUCCUUGAAGUAUCAAACGUAGGUGAGCGCCCGGGCGCUAAAUCGAAUCAUUGCUGUAUGACAAUAAUGAUGAUAAUAGCACUAAUAUUUAAGAUACUACUACUAAUAAUAAUGACAAUGAUAAUAAUGAUGAUGAUGAUGAUGAUGACGACAAUAGUUGUGUUGGGGAAAAUGAUAACCAUAAAGAUGAUAAGGAUAACACAAGAAAAUGACAGAAAUAUAAUGAUGAUGAACGGAAGAUUUUCAAGAACUCUAGACCCGGAAAUAUGUGUUACUCCUUGGUUGGACCGUAAGACUUCUGUUAUAAAAUUUGGGAGUGAAGAUUUUGUUGUUGCCUUUUUUUUUCUUUUUAUCCCUGCUAGGGAAAGAGUCUCCGAUAUUCUGGAUAUCAGAUAGCGUACACAUUGCUUGGUAUAAGAAAAUGAAUUUGAUGUCACACAGUAUCUUAAAUGCUAAUCUUCUGUUUGUCCCUUUCUUUGUUUGAAUGAUCGACAUCAGUAUCUGAGCAAUUGCCACCUACCCCUCCCCUAAGCCAACAUCAGUCAACUGAUAAUAAGUUAGGGUUAAUGUUGGGUUAGUGGAGGGGUAGGAGCGCAAUUUCUUAGAUACUGACACUGGCCUUGUUUGAACAUGAUACAAAUGUACUAAAGAAAUACGCAAUAAUAGGGAUUUGAAAUUCUGAGGAUAAAGUUUGCGUGGUCCUUUAAGCGGGCUAUUUAACGUUUUUUUUCCUCGGUGACUUUCAUUCUCUAGCAGAGUUGUCGCGUUUGAAUGAAUGUUUACCGUUGAUUCAUGAAACGACACCUUUAUGUUGUCGCCAAAACUUAAAUUUGAAGAGAUUCAGAUUGUUUAUGAUUAAACCAUAGUUGAGAAGCAACGCGGUCUUUAAAGGGAAGUAAUAGUAUUUCAUGAACCUGCAAAUUUUAAUUUAUUGUUUAUACUAGCAGGUGGGCUCGUAAUUUGGCAAUGCUCUUGGUACAAAUGUGAUCUCACCAUGAAGCUCUUUGAUGUUUUAUCUUCGUUUCUUUUGUAGGUUUUGGCACUCUGACAAUUUUUCUGUCAACUGUGGUUGCUGCUCUGGCAAUCGUUUUCAAAUCGAAAGAACUGCUCGCCCCAGAAUUAUGGAAACAUUUGAAAGAAACUGGAAUUGCUUUUUUGUAAGUUUUACCGAUGUAUAUGUUGUAUCAAUUUGAAUCUUAAGAAUGAGAGUCAUAUGAUUGUAUCACAUUGUUGUCUUCUGGUUAUUGUGAUCGUUGUGGGCGUACUGCGUAAAAGGCGGGAAAAUACGAAUGAUCAAAUCACGAUUUGUUCAAGUUUUGAAUCUGAUUGGUUGAGAAGGUGGCGCGAGCUUUCUGGACCAAUCACACGGGGAAGUUAAACAAAAUCACAGCAAUCCUCGAUUACCUUCGACACUCAAUUGAAAAAUACUCUACUACAUGAAGAAUGCAACUCUAAAGAUUGUUUAAGCAUCAAAACAAGAUACAGUAACAUAUUUGCAGGAUCAGGAUUUCGUGGCUAAGCUGGUUUUAUAAUUAUAAUCAUAAUUUCAUAAUUAUAGUGAGACUUGAAGGCUUUUCGAAAGACGUAAUCUAGUACUCAUGGGAUGUUGUUUUUACAGACCCACUUUGGCCUUGGCUAUUUUUCUGAUGUUGUUCCAGUUGUUUCUGACACAUUUCGUCUUCCGGUACUCGAAUUAUCCAAACAUCACUGUCACAAUUGAUAAUAGGUAUUGUUGUAUAUCAUUCUGAGCUGAAUCUCUUGUUGUGUGAUACGCACGCCCUGAACAACUGAUCUACUUAUUACAAACACGUGCAGGCAUCUAUGACUAGUACUAGGCCUGACAGAGUGCAGUCCGAUUCGGUCCGUAAUUCAUCAAGUGAUUGACAAAAUUAUAACAGUACUCAUAUAUCGCGUAUAGUCACAUAAGCAUGCUACGUUAAAUGGCCAGUUACAAGCAUAACGUGAACUGUACACUGUCCCUUUAGUGCACUAAUCAAAACUAUAGCAAAAUUCGCGAACGUGAUUAAUUAUCACCAGCCCGAUUUGAGAACUAAUAGGACGGUGUACGCAUCAUGUGUGUAAUUGGACAGUGUAAGAGGAUAGUUAAAGAGACAGUUAACACGUCAUGCCAGGGUAAGUGGACAGAACGCGUCGUGUGCUGUUGUCUCGCAUUUUGCCGAGUUAACGGUUGCUUUUUUUUCUUUUUCUCUUUUUAAUGAAAACGUACAACCACAACCGAUCUCUAGUUUCUUUCUCAAAUUUUGUUACGACUACUGACCGAAUUGGACUCCGCUCGGUCCUAUUUGGCUGCUGAAGACCGAUGGCGUAGCAAAUUUUAUCAUUGUGUUGAUUGGAUAUGUCAUAUGCUACUGUAUGUUUUGUGGUCAACUCACGCCUUGCCGAGAAAACAUUCAAUACAAAGCGGCGGUAGAUUAAUUGAACGUCGACACAACAACUCAUCGACAGAAACGUCUCUGAUGAGAAGAUUUUUGCCAUAUAUCUUUGUUAUCAUUGUAUGUGUGUUUAUUGUUGUUGUUGAUGUUGUUGUAGUGGUAGUGGGUGUUGUUGUUUUCGUUGCUGUGAUGGUUGUUGUUGUUGUUGUUGUUGCUGUAGUUGUUGUUGCUGUAGUUGUGGUCGUUGGUUUGUUGUGUGUUGCAUCCAGGUUAAUUAGUAAUUCUCCUAGAUUCACAUCUUGCUUAUGGGUCACGAAGCUUAAAAUACUCGAUCAGCCCGUAUCGUGUACACUUUAUUUUUGGUCUCUUUCUCUCUCUUUCAGGCGGCUAUUCUCCAUCAUGUCAUACUUUUUCUUCUUCUACAACAUAAUUCUUGGACUUUUCUCUGGUUUUAUGCGAAUUCUAAAGGGCAUGCUUUUAGGAGUGAUUUUCAUCUCUCGUAUCGAUCGUACAUCACUGAUGCAGGGUUUCCAGGCUUGGGACAAAGGUAAGGAGCACGCACCCAGUACAAGCAAUUUAUAAGUGGCAGAGGCAAUGUGAAGUGAGAUAUACAACAUACAGACCUAUGAUGCUGCCAUGUUGUCACUAUUUCCUAAAACAACUUUUAACCAAUGAAUUAAUGUUUGUAAGACUUCUGGGACGAAAGGAAGGUCGAACAGAAAUUCCUCAGUGAUAAGAUCCAAGAAAUUGCCUAGAACGCAGCAAACGGUAGUGGUUUAGUAGCGAUUUGUAAUAGCUUUACGUCUGAUUGUUCGAGAGAGUUGCACGAGAUUUAUAGAGUUGUCAUUGUGCUAACGAAAGCAUAACCUAUGGGAUCCUGGACAACCUCUGACUCUCAAUUAAAAUUUUCUUCAUUUUCUUUUCAGCUUUUGUCGCAUACCUUGGUUUUGUGACUGUGCUGGUUGCCCACAGCCAUCCCGUGAUGCUGGUGUUCUGUCAGUUGCUUAUUGACAGAAAAAAAGAUCACCAGCCCCCGCAAGACCGUAAGUAAAUAGUCUCUAGAAUCAUGACUCGGCUGGGAUGAUUCUGAUUGGCUCGAUUGAUAAACGGACAGAUGAGCGUGCGCACGAAUGGACUGACAAACGAAUGGGCAACUGUGGCUUAGAGACAAUUGGCAUGUUUGUUUCCUUUAUAAGAUCAAAACACAGCGCUGUUUAUGCACUGGCAACGGACACUCAGCAACCAAUCAGAACAUUAGAAAUGAUCUUUUCACAGAGGGCAAGAAGCACAUAAUAUUCUUUUGUUAAGCGUCGUUAUUAAUGUCAAAAACGUGGAAAAUUUGGCAGAAAAUGUACCCCAUUCCCCGAGUCAGAUAAGAAGAUAAGAUAAUUUGAUAAGAAAUGUGUAAUAUUGAGAAGAAACUUACGAUGCGAGCUAUGUUCGGUUGGUUACUAUUCAUUUCAUAUCCAUUCUGUGGUCACGCGGGAAUAUUGAAAGUUAGCCUUUCUUCUUUGCCACUUUGCACAGUUUUUUGAGGAACUAAAACGUAUCUCGCUGACUGUUACUUUUCAAGCCGACCUUUAAAAAAACGAUUGUAUUCUGGGUGAUACAGAACAGUUUAAGGCUUUUCAUGAGGAGAAAAAGAAACAUCCCUACGUGUGUAAUCUUUUUUUCAACUUGAGUCUGAAGUGCUUAAGUACUCCGUUCUUAACGUUAAAAUUAGUUUUCAAGUACCGUGUUUUAAGGCAUCUAUUUUGUCGCCGGAUCUCUGACAAAGCCUGUAUAUUGUAGGUUUGGCAUUGAGGCAGGACGCUCUGAAGCUUUGUAAUAUUUGUUUUAAAUGACAUUUCGUUGCCAUUCCAAAACAAUAGUAAAGGAAGCAAAAGACAUUUUGUCUCCUUUCUUACUCAAAGUACGAAAGAAAUUUCUCUCUUUUGCCCUAUUUUCUCUAUUGCUAUGAUUCCUUUGUUGUCAUGAACUAAUUUUUUGAAGGGUAAUUAACUUGAAAUACUCGACGAAGUCCCUCCAGAUCUGUUCCAAACCUCUCAAACGUAGCUUAUAUUGCCAUUCCUCUCUCUUUGUCUUUCAGGCUUUAUGCGGGAGCCCCGUCGGCCGCGCAUGUCUCAAAAGGCUGUCAACCGCUGGUUCCUGGCCGUGACUCUCCUACGCAACCCAUCUUUUAUCAAGUACCGCCGCCAAGGCCGCCAUUUUACGGCAUCUGUUGUGACUUUUGGAAGCGUCAACUUUGACGUUCCAGUGUAAAACUUUGAGACAAACUCAGAAGGAAGACCACCGUUCUUUCUUUAUGGUUCACUUUUCCGGAGAUCUGCUGUAGCUUGGGGUAAAAGUUUCGUUUUUUACCACAGUAUAAUACAGUCUGUAUCUUGGUGUUGUUAUUGUUGUUGUAGUUGUUUUUUUUUUGUAUUUUAAAUUUUUUGAGUCAACAUGUUACUCCUCUAAUGAAAGCUACUCUAACUUCUGGGCUAAACUUUAUUAAACACGUAGAUUGUGGUAGAGAAGUGAGCAAAGAAGCACACAAAGUACUUAUUGAAAAACAAUUUAAAAUUGUGGAUUUUUAUUGCUGGCUUCGGAAAUGGGAAUUACAUUAUCUGGCAAACAUGGAGAGGCAAAUGGUAACAU